AAACAUUUUCGCCCCGGGGGGAAUCUUUUCUUUAACCUUUUUCUAUUUGCCCUUUCGACAGACAACGGACUUUGGUCUCGCUGUUUUAUAACUUUCACUCGAUAGCUCAAAUCACUGCAAUGGCAGACAACGAGAAACAAGAUGGACAUCAAUACGGCGUGCUUCUCUAUUACAAAUUCACUCUAAUUCCCGAUCUCGAUUCCCUCCUCACUUUUUACCAGUCCAACUGCAGCUCCCUCUCCCUUCUGGGCCGCGUCCGCCUCUCCUCUCACGGCGUCAAUGUUACCGUUGGUGGCACGUUGUUAUCGCUGGAGAAGCAUAUAGCGGCCGUAAAGUCGAUUAGUUUCUUUGAAGGGACAGACUUUAAGCUCGCGUCUUCUCAUUAUCCUUUGAACGAUAAGGUUGCUCGUGAGUGCGGUUUCACUUCUCUCUCCAUUCGGAUUGUCGAGGAAUUAGUUACUUUUAGCUCACAUCCUUUGUUGAAACCACCAGAUGUUAUAAAUGCUGGAAGGCAUCUAUCUGCGCUUGAGUUCCAUUCUGUUCUUCAGAGUGCUCAGCAAUGUAUUGAGAAAGAGGGUUCUGCUGCCAAUGGAGGACUUGUUCUGUUAGAUGCAAGAAAUUUAUAUGAGACAAGGAUUGGGAAAUUUGAAAUGCCUACUGUGGAAACUCUAGAUCCCGGAAUCAGGCAGUAUAGUGAUCUGCCCUCCUGGAUUGAUGAUAAUUCUGAACAAUUAAGAGGAAAACAGGUGCUCAUGUAUUGCACUGGAGGAAUCAGAUGUGAGAUGGCAUCCGCCUAUAUUAGGUCAAAAGGUGCAGGAUUUGAAAAUGUAUUUCAGUUAUUUGGUGGAAUACAACGUUAUUUGGAACAAUUGCCUGAUGGUGGCUUUUUCAAAGGAAAGAAUUUUGUGUUUGAUCACCGGAUUUCUGUUGGAAGCUCGGAUGUGAAUAUCUUGGGUACCUGCCUUCUUUGUGGCGUGUCCUUUGAUGACUAUUCUUCACGUUGUAGAUGCUUUUAUUGCAGAAUGCUUGUUUUGGUCUGUGAUAGUUGUCAGACAAAGAAAGCUGUCUAUGCUUGUGAGCUAUGUCAGAAACAUGGUAAGAUCGUCAGCUUAACUCCCUCAAUUGAAAAUGGCAAACUGCAAGAAACAAUGCUAGAGAAUGAACUCAAAUGCAUUUCCUCAAAUACUGCACUCUUGCAUCAACAGCAUCAGGGACAGGGAAAUGGUCUCCCAAGAAAACUAAGAAUCUUAUGCUUGCACGGGUUCCGGCAGAAUGCCUCUGGUUUUAAAGGGAGAUCUGCGUCGUUGGCCAAGAAACUUAAAAAUAUUGCAGAGCUUGUUUUCAUUGAUGCACCCCAUGAACUGUCUUUCAUUUACCAACCUUGCGUCACAGAACCAGUUCAUGAUAAUGCAUCACAAGAAAUUCUUCCUCCAAAAGGAAAUUGCAAGAAGAAGUUUGCAUGGUUGGUCUCACCUGAUUUCAAAGGAUGGAGUGAAGCUGACUGGACAGUGGCAGAUGGUCCAUUUGAUCCUCUCCAGUACCAGCAACAAACUGAAGGUUUCAAUAUAUCAAUAUCAUAUUUGAGGACUGUAUUCACUCAGGAAGGGCCUUUUGAUGGGAUCCUAGGAUUUUCACAGGGUGCAGCCAUGGCUGCUUCAGUCUGUGCACUAGAACAGAGACUGAAGGGUGAAAUAAAUUUCAGAUUUGUGAUUUUAUGCUCUGGAUUUGCUCUAAAACUUUCAGAAGUCAAGCCUGGAUCAAUCAACUGCCCUUCACUUCAUAUAUUUGGCAGUGCUUUGGGCAAGGACAGGCAGAUUGCGAACCAAGCAAGCAGAGACCUGGCUUCCUUGUUUGAUGAAGGUUCAUCGGUUAUUAUCGAGCAUGAUUGUGGUCACAUAGUUCCUACUCGUCCUCCUUAUGUUGAUCGGAUAAGAGGCUUUCUUCAACGUUUUCUUUGAUGCAAUUGGAAAUUUUGGUUUGAUUGUAAACUGAUAAAUGUAUUCUAUCAUGAUGAUUGGAACUGUAAACUGACUUGAGCCAUAACCAAGAGACUUGGACUUGUUGGCUGAGCAUGUGUUGUGCUAGGAUGUAAUAGAGGUGCUCAUACAUAAUACGAGCAAACUUUUUCUUUUUUUU